GGCAGAUGGUAGGAAAUGGAGAUGGAGAAAUGGCACUAGUGGCCCGACCAUCUGAGAUGGGAUACCUGGGAGGGACAUCUUUUCAAGCAGAGGCUGUGUUAGGGCAUGGACUGGGCUGCAGCCUAGGAGUCCCAGCUGCUUACAUCCAGGUCCAGGAUUAUGUCUGCUAACAGAAGCUGGUGGGUACCACCUGACGACAAAGACAGUGUGUCUGAGAAGCUCCUGAGGAAGACUCGGGAAUCUCCGCUGGUGCCUAUAGGCUUAGGAGGCUGCUUGGUGGUAGCAGCAUACAGGAUUUACCGGCUGAGGUCUCGUGGUUCCACCAAGAUGUCCAUACACCUGAUUCACACCCGAGUGGCAGCGCAGGCCUGUGCAGUGGGUGCAAUCAUGCUAGGUGCUGUGUACACAAUGUACAGUGAUUACAUCAAGAGGAUGGCACAGGAUACUGGAGAGAAGUAGGACUCCUAUAGGAGCUGGGGCCGUCCGACUCCCCUAAAUCAAUCCCUAGUACAUUCCUAAUAAAGUAGCUUUGAGGAAAA